ACUAUAUUUCCAUUUGAGAAAAAUCGCAAAACUAUGCAAGUCUUUCUUAUAAUUUGUCUAGUUUUCAUUCCUUUUGUUCAAGCCCAAAUCAAAACUGGUUGCGUCAAAAUAAAACACAUCAGAGACGGAAUCUAUCUGACCUCUCCGGUGAAGAAUGACGCAAAAACACGGCGCGUUUCGAUUAAGCAAGGUGACGGGAAGCAGUGGGAUGUUGCUGCCGUCGGAGCAGGUCUCUUCACCAUCAGAAGCAAAGAAUUCAAUCAGUUUUUGUACGCCUCGGAUUUGACCUACAGCAGCAACUACCACGUGUACCUGUGGAUUCCCAAGGCUGGACUGACGGCGGAAAAGUGGAAAAUUGAGAGCGGUGGAAAUGGAUUGAUAAUUCGAAAUGAAAAGCGUCCAAGCUGCCUGUUUGUGGGGUCUUCCAGCUGGGUUUACGCAAAAAUGGGUACGACGUGUAAGGGAAAGCAAUUUGAGUGGAGCUUUGAGAGUUGUUAAAGUCGGUAAGGGGUGAAGAUUGUCAAAAACAAUCUUGAUAAUUUAAAAAAUCAUGUGUUCCAUAUUCAGUAUAAAACAUGAACAGAAAAG